UGAUAAGCUCGCUCGUAUCUCCUGGUCCGGCUCCCAGUUGCUGCACCUGGAGUUAUUGUCUGCACACUCCUGAUACCAUGACACUCCCCUCUAGGAUAGAUGAACCAUCCGCUUUGGAUCCUCUUCUUCUCCUGCCAUUGCCAGCAAAAUUGCCAUCGAGCCCCCUGCCAACGCUUGAACCCUUAUUGUCAGCCUUGGAGGAACGAUUGAACCAACCUGGGACUUCUGCAGAUGGUCUGGCAAUCUUCACAGCGCAUAUGCGUCAGGUGACGAGAAGGGCUCAGACUCUGCUCAACGCUUCCCGGGUUGGUGCUGCUGAGGCGCGCGAAACUCUCGACAGGGUUGAUGUGGACCUCCGAGGCGUAGAGUAUGAACGCGAUAGGAUAAGGGAGGAGAUCGCCAAAUGCGAGGACUACGAGGCGGCCUACACGGACAUACAAGUCGAUGACUCAUUUGUGCCGGACUCAGAAACAUUGCCUGCCCCUGACUCUGACUCAUACGACUACGCCUUGAUCAUCGCGAGAUUGCAGAACGAGCUGCUGGAGAUCGAAAAGCGGGAAGCCGCGAUCGCCUCCCUGACAAAGGACAGAGACGGCAUCAUACAAUCAAAGAAGGAUAUCAAGCGGAAAUUCGACACUUCGGAUGUAUACCUGGGAGAUUUCGCCAAGACUGCGGCCGCCAUGUCUAGCAAAGUCAUGGACGUAGCCAAAGGGAACUGAGCAUGCAUCAGUCAUGCUUUUUGCUGUGAUUGUUAUUUGUAACACGGGAGAACAUCUCCAAUGACACCUCUGGUUGUAUCGAUAGCUGUCGAGAUGAUGACGCCGAUUCAGUCGACUUGCGCGGGGGCUUGGGAGCCACUGGAAGCGUGUAUGUGAUGGGCGGCGGAGGCACGGUGAAUAAGGAUGACAAUUUGUCGGCAAGGGAUUCGGAUCGUGGUGGGAGUUGAGCUACAGGUGGUCGCAGUCUGACCGUUUUCGACCUUGUCGGCAGCGGUGGUAGCGAUGGUGGAUCUGGAGGUUUGAAGGCCGAAGGGAGUGUUGACAGGUCAUGAUGGAUAUCCGGGCCAAAAGCCUUGCUAGACAGGGAAACGGAUCGGCGAAGCUUGCUGUUAUCUAAGGACU